CGUUGGUGGAAAUAUGCCAGUUGAUGGUGCCUUAUUCCUGGAAUUUAUACCAAAGUCCCAUCAAUAUCUUCUUACUACAUUGUCCGUCUUCUUUUCAUUUGGUGCCGUUAUUACCUCAAUUGUUGCUUAUUUGGUUUUACCCCAGUAUAGUUGUGUAAAAUCAUUUAACGAUAAUUGUAAUGUUAAUGAACAUAACAAUGGUUGGAGAUACGUGUUGGGUAUUCUGGGAACACUGACUUUCAUAAUGUUUAUUUGUCGUAUAUUAUUUUUCCGUCUUCAAGAAUCACCAAAGUUUCUUAACUCACAAGAUAAAACACACGAUGCUGUCACUGUUUUACGCAAAAUUGCUAAAAUAAAUGGAAAUCCAAUAGAUAUUAAAGAAAGUGAUAUCCAAUCUGCAACUGUCAAUAAUAAAGAAAGUGAUAUCCAAUCUGCAACUAUCAAUUCGGCCAAUUCCAAUCAUACAGAAUCAUUUCCCAAUGAUACUCCUCAACCUCAAGUUAGAUUUUUUUCUGAUCCUAUACAGUGGUUCUUGUUAAAACUUCAUCCGAUCAAACCACUAUUCAGUAGAAAAUGGAUUAAAACAACCAUUCUUGUGUUUUGCAUUUGGAUACUUGUCGCUUUUGCUUAUAUUAUGUUUAAUGUUUUUUUACCUACAUAUUUAGAAUCGCUAGGUUUGAGUAAUGAUGAGAAUAUUGAUGGUAUAACUUUAAUACGAGAGGUUUUAGGAGAUUAUGUGAUAUAUUCUGUUUGUGGGAUUCCAGGCUCUAUACUUGCAUCCUACCUUAUUGAAACAAGAUUAGGUCGCAAGGGUAGUAUGGCUCUAGCGACUUUCGGAACUUCUCUGGCAGUAAUCUUGUUCUCUACUGUCCGUUCUCGUACUGCUGAAGUUGUUUCUUCAGCAAUUGUAAGCCUUUUGGCGACUCUUAAUUAUGCUGUAAUAUAUGGGUACACACCUGAAGUAUUUGAAGUUAAACUAAGAGGUACUGCAUGUGGAAUUAGUGCAGCACUUUCAAGAGU